AAAAUUACUUCUUUUGAGGAGAAUUUAUUAGACCCCUUUUUAUAUGAUAUUGUUUUAAAUAAAUCAAUUAUACAAGUUGAUAUUUUCAAAUGAUAAUGUUGGGAUAUAUUAUCCCGGCCUAUUACUGUUCAGGAGCCCAAGACAUUAUCCAGUACGGAGCCCGAGCAGCUAGGUCCAUUUCGGCCCAUUCUGGCCCACUUUGGCCAUUAGGCCCGACAUCGGCCCGUUUGGCCCAUUAGGGUGGAGAGCCCCUUCUCCCCUUCCCCUAUUUAUAGGAGGUUUUCCCUCCAUGUAAAGGAUCCUUCCUUCUUUCUUCUUCUCCCUAGAAUAGUUUGGCAAGACUCCAUUAAAGGAGCUCAAAUUGUACUAUGUAAUGGUGAGGAGAGAUUAAUGAGAAUGAGAAUGCUUGGACAUUAGCCUAAAAAGUCCCGUGGUUUUCUCCCUUUCGGGUUUCCACGUAAAAACUGAGUUGUUCAUACACAUUUAUACAUAUAUUUACUAUAUCGUGUUGGAUUAAACUCAACACUGGCGCCCUGUGGGAAUCUGUCCAAAAAGAUUCGUGUGUUCUACUGUUCUUGAGUUUCUACGAAAAAUUCGUACGUAGUGGACUGAUUCUAGCAAAGAAAAAAAAGAAAGAAAAAAUCUGGAAUUUUGGUUUGGGGAAGCUCUGGAUAUGCCGCCAGCAGCUCCGUCCAACCGACCGAGGAAGAAGAAAAGCAGAAAGAAAGGUUCUGGGAAAAAAGAAGAAGAGAUGAAGUCCAGAUCUGGAAUUUUAUAGACCGUGGCCGGAGCAGCCGUCCGUACCACCGCGCGCUCCACCAAGAGCUCGCUGAUAUACGAUGCAAAAGCCGCCUAGCUUUUCCGGACCUCGUCAUCGCUAGCAGCGCCGCCCUACGCCUCCGUCGCGGUGCGCCCGCCGGCCUCAGCUCCCCCUCGCUGCUCGAACCUCAGAGAGGGUCCGCCAUUAAUGGCCGCUGAGAGCUCCAAGAGUGACAACCGUAAACCAGUGCACCCCCACGGCUCGAGGUUAGGGAAGUUUCGCCGGUUAUGCCGGAGUCCUGGCUAGGACCACGUGCACGCCACCGGUCUUUGUCGCUCCGCCACUAAUGCCGCCUGAGGCAGCCUUGUCCCGGCCGUCAUCAGCCGCUGCUGCGUUGCCACCGCUGCGUUGCGCACUACGUGGGCUCCCUUCGACCAGCUACAGCAGCUGAGUAGCAAUCGGGCUACAUAUUGGCAGUAGGGGUAGCUGCCAGCUUGCAAAAUGUGAAGGCUGGAUGAUUGGAGGCUUUUUGGCAAUUUUGACCAAGUCAAAAUCGGCAAGGAUGAGCAAAUUGUCUUCACAAGACCCCCUGGCCGAGUAUCAACUUGAAGCUAAGUAUUCAAUCUCCGAAUUCCAAAUUAAAGUACUUGGCUGAUAGCUUUAAAAUAGGAAAAAAAUAUUAGUCGGUAGUAUUGCUGGUAUUUUUUAUCACCAUUAUUUAUUAGGGAUUAAAACCCCCGAAAUUAAAUAAUGAGAGCGAUGCUCAAAGUGAUAAUUAGUUUUACCGUCAUUUAAAUUUAAUGACUGGUUGUUGUGUGCCUGUUGGCCCGCUCCUGAUCGGCUUUAAUUAGCGAACGGAGUAUACUUGAAUGGCCUUUGAUAGGGAAGUAUCAUUGCUAUUACCGGUUAUGUCACUAUUAUUUAUUAGGGAUAAAAUGUCCCGAAUUAAAUAAUACUGAGCGAGGCUCAAGUGAUGGUUAGUUCACCUAACAUUUUAUUAAGUAUUUGACUUCUUGUGGCCCCGAUGGCCCACUCUCGAUCAGCUUGAUUUGCGAUCUGAGCGUCUCCAGAGGGUAGUGCCCCGAUGACGCGUAUUAAUUUGGGGGGUUACGCAUUAGUCCGCACGACACCGAGUGCUCGAGCGAUGAUCGUACCCUGGUACCAUCUACGCCAUCAGGCGCAGAGUGACUAUUGCCAACGCGGCCUGUGGGGCCCGAAGGCACCAAAGCACUCAACCUCGUUUUUCCGGGGGCGGUGCGACCAACUUGGGUCUGAGUUUGAAAACUCACAGACCGAUGAAUAUCUCUAUGUGACGUUCGGCGGGCUGCUAAUUGGCCCCGCCGCGAGCUGCUACGUCCAUUAACCCCGCACGAUGAGCCGGGCCGAAGGUCACGGUGACCCAUAGGCCGGUAAUCGUGGGUGUUAGAAAGAAAACCAUGCAGAGAUGGUUAUGUGUGUAUACAUAUUGUCGGGUCGUGCGGCCCGUUACCACGCUUAUUGCGCAGCUGAAGCCGCUCGACGCGCUCGAGUGAAAUGAUUAGAAGAAGCUCGGCCCGAGUCUUGAAGACGUGCAGGGCCGGCUAAAGAGGAGACCAUCACGGCUGAGGAUCGUUUUCUCGAGCAUCUCCACCUAGAGGCCGAGGGCCUAGAGGAGACCACCACGGUUGAGAGCAGUGGGACGAGCAUCUCCACCCCAGAGACCGAUGGCCUAGGAAGAACACCUAGAGGCCGAGGUCUAGAGGCGAAUGCCAUGACAGAGAACCGUGAGACGAUCACCCGUCAUUCAGAGGCCGGGGGCCUAGAAGAGAUCGUCAGGGCCGAGGGCCGUCUGACGCCAUCAUUACAUCAUGACCGGCCCCUCGGCACGGCAUGAUCAUCAUAUUUGAAGACCGGCCUCGUCCCUGCACUGCGCGGAUGAGAGCCGUUGCUGGAUUGCAGGUCGGCCCCUCAUUGCCGACACUGCCGCAUCAUGUUCGGCCUCUCAUUGCCGACAUCAUCAUAUCACGACCGGCCUCUCGGCAUGGCGUGAUUAUCAUAUUUGAAGACCGGCCUCGUCCCCGCCCUCGCAGACGAGGGCCGUUGCUUGAUUCUUUCAGAUCGGCCUCUCAUUGCCGACACUGUCGUGUCAUGUUUGGCCCCCCGGCCCAACGUGAUUAUCAUCUUUGAAGACCGGCCUCGUCCCCCCCUCGCGGACGAGGACCGUUGCUUGUUUUUCUCAGAUCGGCCGCUCAUUGCCGACACUGUCAUAUCAUGUCCGGCCUCUCGGCCCGGCGUGCUUAUCUUUUGAAGACCGGCCUCGUCCCCGCCACCUCGCGGGCGAGGACCGUUGUUUGAUUUUUUCAGGUCGGCCUCUCAUUGCCGACACUAUCAUAUUAUGUUCGGACUCUCGGCACGACAUAUUUAUCUUUUGAAGACCGGUUUCAUCCCCGCGCUGCGUUGGAUGAGAGCCGUUGCUCGGAUAUAUCGGCCUGACCGGACACUAUUACCAUCUCCUCAUCAGGACCGACUGCUCAGCGACAUUAUGAUCAUUGUUUGUCGGCUCCCAAUGCCGACCCUCAUGAGUUUGCGAUCGGGCUCACGAUUCCCCUCCAGGAGGGUGACCAUCGCCUUCGCAUGACGACCAGCAUCUCCAUCGCCUCGUCAUUAUAUUCGUUCGCUAUGCCACCACCAUUAUGCGUGACAUCCCGUGAUCCCUGUGAGUUUCUUGGAUACCGAAUGUCUUCUUCGAUGUAGGAAGAUCGAUAGGACCACGGACCAGGGACGGACAAAGAAGAGCUAGGGAAUCUCGAUGUAGAUAAACCGGUUCCUCCUUGCGAGUUUCGCGGAUACCGAACGUCUCUUCGAAGCAAGAGCGCCGGUAGGACCAAGAACCAAGGACGAACGAAGAAUAUAGAUUGCCUCCCUCAAACAAAAAAAAAAAAGAUGGGGAGAAGAGGAGGGUAGCUCCUAUGUGGAAGGGAAUCUUGCCCGGGUUUUCCAGAUCUUCUCCCACCGCCGAAGACGAACGCCUCUCGAUGUAGAGGUUAGUAGAGACGCGGAGGGGGCUAGACGAACCAAGGGAGCCUUGCCAAGAUAAACUUGUUCAUCCCACAAUGACCAUGGAUCGAUGGACGUGGGAUAACAAAGACGGGAACCCGUGAGGGUAAACCAGUUCGUCCCUGCGAGUUCCUUGGGUACCGAACGUCUUCUUCGAUGCAAGAGACGCCGGUAAGACUAAAAGGACCAGGGACGAACGAAAAAGGGGGAAUCUCGAUGUAGAUAUACCUGUUCCUCAUUGCGAUGUCCGCGGAUACCGAACGUAUCUUCGAUGUAAGAACGCCGGUAGGACCAAGGACCAAUGACGAACAAAGACUAAAAGACUCCAAAAAAAAAAGAAAAAAAAAAAGAUGCUUGAAGAGCACGGAGCAAAGAAUGAUUUUAUCCCUUGGCACUAUUGGACGGGAAGUACAAACUGAAAAACAUAUGUAAAGAAUAAUUACAAAACUUAAGUACGAAGAAUGAAGUGGCCGACGACGAUCGGCUAAACAUCAGGCUUUCUUUCGCCUUGAACGACGGAUACCAGCUCCUCAGAUCAGGCAGAGGGACGGCGCCCAGGUCCACCCUCCCUCCCAGGAUGAAGUCCUGACAGACGAUCGGCUUCUCAGCGCCAUCGUGUCUCUUUCACGUUCGGAUCGCCCCAUUCCCUCCAGGAUGGCGACGAACGUCUUAUGCAGUGCGAUUGGCCCCUCAGCGCCAUCGUACCUGGCCUCACGGUUCGGCUCGCCCAUUCCCUCCAGGAUGGCGACGACCGUCUUAUGCGGUACGAUCGGCCCCUCAGCGCCAUCGUACCCAGCUCACGUUCAGCUCGCCCCAUUCCCUCCAGGAUGGCGACGAACGUCUUAUGUAGUGCGAUUGGCCCCUCAGCGCCAUCGUACCUGGCCUCACGGUUUGGCUCGCCCAUUCCCUCCAGGAUGGCGACGACCGUCUUAUGCGGUACGAUCGGCCCCUCAGCGCCAUCGUACCCAGCUCACGUUCAGCUCGUCCAUCCCUUCCAGGGUGGCGACGAACGUCUUCUGCAUCACGAUCGGCCCCUCAGCGCCAUCGUGUCCAGACUCACGGUUCGGCUCGCCCAUUCCCUUCAGGAUGGCGACGAACGUCUCUUAUGCAGCACGAUCAGCGCCCCAGCGCCAUCGUGUCUGGCUCACGUUAGGGUCGCCCAUCCCUUUCAGGAUGGCGACGAACGUCUCUUAUGCAGCACGAUCAGCGCCCCAGCGCCAUCGUGUCCGGCUCACGUUCGGCUCGCCCAUUCCCUUCAGGAUGGCGACGAACGUCUCUUAUGCAGCACGAUCAGCGCCCCAGCGCCAUCGUGUCUGGCUCACGUUAGGGUCGCCCAUCCCUUUCAGGAUGGCGACGAACGUCUCUUAUGCAGCACGAUCAGCGCCCCAACGCCAUCGUGUCUGGCUCACGUUCGGCUCGCCCAUUCCCUUCAGGAUGGCGACGAACGUCUCUUAUGCAGCACGAUCAGCGCCCCAGCGCCAUCGUGUCUGGCUCACGUUAGGGUUGCCCAUCCCUUUCAGGAUGGCGACGAACGUCUCUUAUGCAGCACGAUCAGCGCCCCAGCGCCAUCGUGUCUGGCUCACGUUAGGGUCGCCCAUCCCUUUCAGGAUGGCGACGAACGUCUCUUAUGCAGCACGAUCAGCGCCCUAGCGCCAUCGUGUCUGGCUCACGUUAGGGUCGCCCAUCCCUUUCAGGAUGGCGACGAACGUCUCUUAUGCAGCACGAUCAGCGCCCCAGCGCCAUCGUGUCUGGCUCACGUUAGGGUCGACCAUCCCUUUCAGGAUGGCGACGAAACGUCUCUUAUGCAGCACAAUCAGCGCCCCAGCGCCAUCGUGUCUGGCUCACGUUAGAGUCGCCCAUCCCUUUCAGGAUGGCGACAAAUGUCUCUUAUGCAGCACGAUCAGCGCCCCAACGCCAUCGUGUCUGGCUCACGUUAGGGUCGCCCAUCCCUUUCAGGAUGGCGACGAACGUCUCUUAUGCAGCACGAUCAGCGCCCCAGCGCCAUCGUGUCUGGCUCACGUUAGGGUCGCCCAUCCCUUUCAGGAUGGCGACGAACGUCUCUUAUGCAGCAUGUCUGCCUCUCGACGCUGACAUGCUCGAGUUCUCAUUGAAAGCUACCGCUCCUAUCACAUCUUGCAUUCCCUCUCUCAUACAUUGCACCCAUACAUUACAUGCAUUCAUGCAUCAUACCUCAUACAUUCAUACAUACACACGUGCAUCAUGUUUUGACAGUACCGCGACGUCGGUUUAUAGAUGCAUGGACCUCUAAGCUUCUCCGUUGGAAAGCUCGAGUCAGAGUCCUUUACUCUCGCCUGAUGCAUUCAGGGGGAGCGUGCCCGUGGAGGAGCACCCUUCGCCCAACCCCGUCGGGAACGGGGGUGCCUCACCGGCAGAUUACGUUCAGGAGUGUGGACAUCCACUCAUAUAUUAUGAUUAUUCGAAGACACAGGUUCCAGCUAGACCGAGGUAAAGCGCAGGCAAGAGUAUAUUUUCUCGAGCAGAUUCGCACGCUCACUACUCAAGAAACUGGGGGACUUGUGUUGGGAUAUAUUAUCCCGGCCUAUUACUGUUCAGGAGCCCAAGACAUUAUCCAGUACGGAGCCCGAGCAGCUAGGUCCAUUUCGGCCCAUUCUGGCCCACUUUGGCCAUUAGGCCCGACAUCGGCCCGUUUGGCCCAUUAGGGUGGAGAGCCCCUUCUCCCCUUCCCCUAUUUAUAGGAGGUUUUCCCUCCAUGUAAAGGAUCCUUCCUUCUUUCUUCUUCUCCCUAGAAUAGUUUGGCAAGACUCCAUUAAUGGAGCUCAAAUUGUACUAUGUAAUGGUGAGGAGAGAUUAAUGAGAAUGAGAGGGCUUGGACAUUAGCCUAAAAAGUCCCGUGGUUUUCUCCCUUUCGGGUUUCCACGUAAAAACUGAGUUGUUCAUACACAUUUAUACAUAUAUUUACUAUAUCGUGUUGG